AUGGCGUCUGAUGCUCAGCACGCGGAGACGCCGUCUGACACUACUACCGUCAGUGUCGGGAUCCGCUCUGGCGAGUCGACCGAUCUGAAGCCCGCCGGCGACAUUGAGGCGCCCGCCGAGCCUCAAGCUGCCCCGGCCCAGCGGCCUGAGCAGCAGUCCAGCAAGACAACCUUGGCGCUGGUCCUCGCUUCGGUGCUGCUGAGCAUGUUCUUGGUUGGCCUGGACCGAACUAUUGUUUCCACGGAAAUUCCCGCCAUUUCCAACGACUUCAACUCGCUCGACGACGUGGGUUGGUACGGCAGCGCCUAUCUGCUGACCACCUGUGCGUUCCAGCUGCUGUUCGGCAGGAUUUUCACGCUCUUCCCCGUCAAGCUGGUCCUCCUCGCCAGCAUCGUCAUCUUCGAGGCCGCCUCGGCCAUCUGCGGCGCCGCGCCCAACUCGGUGGCCUUCAUCAUCGGCCGCGCCAUCUGCGGAGUCGGCGCUGCCGGCUUAUUUGCCGGAACAAUCGUCAGCAUCGUUCACGUGGUACCCCUGCGACAACGGCCCAAGAUCCAAGGCAUGUUCGGCGCCCUCUUCGGCCUCGCCUCCAUCGUCGGCCCCAUGAUCGGCGGCGCGUUCACCUCCCAUGUGACCUGGCGCUGGGGGUUCUACAUCAACUUGCCCAUCGGCGGCGCCGCAAUGGUCGUCAUUGCCCUGUUCCUCAAGAUCCCCGAUUCCGAGGCGGCCAAGCAGCCCAUCGCCCAGAAGUUGGUGCAGCUCGACCUCCUUGGCACUGCCAUCCUCGUGCCCGGCGUGGUCUGUCUUCUGCUCGCUCUGCAAUGGGGCGGCACCACGUACCCGUGGAGCAACGGCCGAAUUAUCGCGUUAUUGACUCUGGCCGGAGUCCUCCUGGUCGCCUACGGCUUUGUCCAGGUCUUCAGUAAGACAGCGACGCUUCCCCCUCGUCUGGUGAAGCAGCGCAGCAUCGUCUCCGCCCUCUGGGCCACGUUCUGCAUCAACGGCGGCAAUUACAUCUUCAUCUACUACCUCCCCAUCUGGUUCCAAGCUAUCAAGGGCGUGUCGGCCGUCGACUCGGGGAUUCGGUUGCUCCCCUUGAUGCUCUCCACCGUUUUCGGCUCGAUCUUCGGCGGCUUCCUGAACUCCAAGGUCGGAUACUACACGCCGCUGGCGAUCGUCGGAUCCUGCAUCAUGACCGUCGGCGCCGGCCUGCUCACCACGCUCCAGGUCGACUCGGGCGCGGGUAAGUGGAUCGGCUACCAGGUCCUGUACGGACUCGGCGUCGGGCUGUGCUUCCAGACGCCGAAUCUCGCCGCGCAGACCGCGCUGCCCCGCAAGGACGUGCCGGUCGGCCUCGCCCUGAUGCUGUUCUGCACGCUCAUGGGGUCCACCGUCUUCGUCUCCGUCGGCGAGAACGUGCUCAGCAACCAGCUGCUGGACCGGCUCUCGGGGCUGUCCGGGUUCAAUCCCCAGCUUGUCACGUCCGGGGGCGCCACGGCGCUGGUGCAGGCCAUCGCGCCGGACCAGCGCGGCGCGGCGCUGGCCGCCUACAAUGAGGCCAUCCGCGAGGUCUUCCGCGUCGGCCUGAUCGUUACCAGCCUGACCGUUCUAGGCACCUUUACGCUCGAGUGGUUGAGCGUCAAGAAGCCGGAGGGCCUGGUGGCUGAGCCAAGCGGGGGAUCUGACGAAAAGAAGGUUGAAGCGACAAACUGA